AUGGAAUCACCACAGCACGUCGGUGAUAACACUGCUAACUCCAUAAGCAAUCAGUUGAGCGGUACUCAUUUACAGAAGCCAAAACUUCCAUCACCCUCCGUGUCGGCCUCAUGGACAUCCAAAGUGUAUUCCUCGGUGUAUUCGGGACAAAAAUUCAUAGAAAUUGUCUUGAGAUUCAACAAAGUUUCCUCUGAUGACGACUCCAUCCAUAUUUUACGUCGUGUUCGAGACUCUUACAUCAAUGUUUCCCAGUUACUCAGCGUGUUGGUUAACUUGGGCCAAUUCAGCGAGGACCAGGUCGACAGCUUUCUCGAAAACGACAUCUUCACCAACCCCCAGUACUUUCAAGGCGGAAAUGAUGAAGAUAGAGUUUUAUACAAUGACCUCAGGUCCCAUGAAGUGUCUCAGGUACGCGGGAUCUGGAUUCCAUACGAUAAAGCUGUGCUGGUUGCUCUCAACAACGGCAUUUACGACAUAGUCAAAAAGCUUCUUCUCGUGGAUGUUCAUGAUUAUGAAAAGCUACCCAAGAAAGCUGAAUCUCCUGGCGCUGUUAAACGCGAUGCCGACGAGGAAAUGACCGACGCUUUGGAUGGCUCUCCAACGAAAAGACGGAAGACUCAACCCACCCAGCACUCUUUGGUGGAAGCAGCCGCCGAAUCGAACACCAACCAUCCAUACUGUCUACCUCCCUCGACAUUUAAAGAGAAAGACGUUGACCUUGUGCUGGAAGUCAAGCUCAAGUUCAGUGAAAUCUUCAAGAACGAUGGGGAGGUUUCAGCAGAGCUCUCUUCAAGUGAUAUUAAAACAAUGUUCCAAAGCGUAUUCGAGAAGUGCUCUGCUCGGUCACAGCUGCCCAUGUCAAUUUUAGAUGUUCCAUUGGAUUCUCAAGGCAAGACAGCCUUGCACUAUGCUGCUACGCUAGCGUCCAAUUUGGUGGAGAUUUUCAUAGAACUCGGGAUAAGCUCUCCUAUUCGUGGUGAUAAUAAUGGUGAAUCGCCAUUGAUUUCCGCUAUUCUGGUGACCAAUGCUAUGGAGAAAGGAAACUUCGUGAGCAUGCUCGACAACUGGUUAUGGCCAGAUUUGUGGUUGUUUGAUAACAAACGCAACUCAUUCCUUCAUCAUAUUAUCGUCCUGGCGACGAAGAAUCACAGCGCUUCAAAGUAUUACCUCAUCAAGAUAAUAACGUGGAUGAUACAAAAUGCAAACAAGGAGAAGAAUCUUCAUAAUCUCUGCACGAAGAUUAUUAACGCUCAAGACUCAGAGUCUGGUAAUACUGCGCUUCAUUUGGCAGGUGAACAUGAGCUCAGAUGGUUUAUUUUUGUUCUCCUCGAAUUGAGAGCUGAUAGUCAACAAGCAAAUAAUGUUGGUGUUAAACCGGCCGACUUUGAAGCUGUCAAAGAAGUCAUUCAAUUGAGGGAGAGCUACUUAGCUCACAGAGAUUCAGUAGGUGCUACCAAGACAUUGCUUGAAAACCUCGAUGUCAGUUCAGAAGAAGACGAGUACUUCUUACAAUUAGUUCAUACUGGAGUGGAAUUUUGGGAAAAGACUAACGAAUAUCCUGAUGCCGGUAACAUGGAGCAUGAACAAGGCAACAUAUUAUCAGGACAAAAGAACGGUACUUCCGAACACGAAAGGUCACCCAAGACCUUAUCGCAUUCCGAACGCAUCUUCAAAUCCAUCCAGGAUUUAAUGUCUGACACGAACGAAGAGUACCUGAAGAUCAUAAACUCAAAGAAGAAGGAGAUCAACAAUCUCAACAAGGAGCUCCGCGGAGCAACGAUAAUAACAGCGAAUAACAGGUUUGUUGCUAAAAAGGUUUUGGAGAAAGUGUCUCUUGUGGACACGAUGAAGUUGCAGAUGGCCAAUAUCGCCGAGAAAUUGCAAGUUCUUAAGAAGAAACUUCCUGAUGGUGAAAAAGACGAGGAGGUAUUCACCAACGACCUUGCGAACUCCGAACUAGUCAAGUUUGACGCCGAUGAACCAUUCAUCAUUAGACCGAUUUACGACAAAUUAGCCAACAACGAGGACGUCGAGUCCACCGAUGACAUAAUAGAGAACCUACCGCCUGCAGAGGUGUUACAGGCACGUCUCCUGGCCUACAAGGAGGUCAAUGGAGAUCUUGAGAAAGAGCUAGAGAACUUGCUCAACUACAGCACGCUAACAGCAAAGUUCAAGAAAGUUGUGAGUUAUUGUACUGGCGUGGACAUUAACGAAGUUGACGAACUCCUUGACGGCUUGCUUGAAGCCGUCGAGGGACAACAGUGA